AUGUUGCUACCUAUACAUCGAGUGAAACCAUCGUUUUUGUUUCUGUAUAGUUCGAAUAUUGGGAUUUUUAGGACUCUACAUACAAAAAUACCGACCAGGCUAUCUACAUUAAAUGCGAGUGUGAUAUACAGAAGAACCUCUCCAUACAUAUCUAAUGCAUAUAAUGUAGUUCCAGAGAAAACUGAUAUUAUUUCUGGUCAACUGAGAAACUUUUCAGGCUCACUGGUCAUUAGGAAUACAACAGAUCCAAGUAAACAAGAAUUAGUAAAGUCCCUACAAAACUCUAACUCUUUGAAGAACCAUUUGGAGUUUACCAAGAUAAAGAAACGCGAGUUGAGAGAAGAAGAGAAGGAGCAACAAAAGAAAGAUAAGAAACCAUUUCGUGAAAAUAUAAAAACCAUAUUUCGUAUAUUAAAAUUGGGAAGGCCUGAUUUGAAACUUUUUUUGUAUGCGUUAGGGUUCAUUUUGUUUGCAGUUUUAUAUCCAACAACAGCAGUCAAAUUAGUUGGUUCGGCUAUUGAUGCUUUUAAUAAUAAUAUGAAAGAUAGUGACGGCACUCUAUUGAUUUGGGGAUACAAGUAUUCCACAGUUUUCAGUUUUAUGGUACCAUUUAUGUGCUUAAGUGCUGUUUGCUUUUGGGCUAGAAUUUGGGUUUUGAAAGUAUUGGGUGAGAGAUUAGUUGCAAGAUUAAGAUUGAGAGUGAUGAAACAUUUAUUGAGACAUGAUGCCAAAUUCUACGAUCAUGAAAAACAUAAAGUAGGUGAUUUGAUAUCUAGAUUAUCAAGUGAUGCAUAUGUUGUUUCAAGAUCUAUUACAAAUAAUUUACCUGAUGGGUUGAAGAAUGUCUUGUUUGGUAUAAUUAGUUCUUACAUGAUGUUUUCUAUUAAUCCUAUGUUGUUUGGUAUUAUGUUAUUAAUUUCUCCUCCAAUAACAUUUGGAUCAGUGUGGUAUGGUGAAAAGAUUCGUGCUUUAUCUACGAGAUUGCAGAACGCAACAGCAGGUCUUACGAAGGUGAGUGAAGAAACUCUUAAUUCGGUUAAAUUGGUUCAAGCGUUUACUGGUGAACAAAAAGAAUUGACGAAAUAUUCUGAUCAACUCAGAAACGUUAUUAACGUAGCAAAAAAAGAAGCACUUGCACAGUCAAACUACCUGGUUUCAAUUUAUAGUUUGUACCAUACUGGUUAUUUGUCAUGUGUUGCAAUCGGUGUCUACUUGAUAAUAAAUGGACAAAUGACAACCGGUGAUGUGGUUGCAUUCACAAUGUACCUGGAAUUAUUCAAUCUGGCUUUGUACAGUUUGACCACAACUUAUAUGGAAUUGAUGAAAGGUUCAGGUGCCGGUAUAAAAUUGUUCGAAUUAAUCGACUACGAUAAUGAUGUUCCUCCUAUAAAAGGAAAUAAAUUACCUCCAGGGUUAUCAAAUAGUAUUGAGUUUAAAGAUGUUGUUUUCAGCUACGCCAGUAGACCAUAUGAUAAGAUUUUUAAUGAAUGUUCAUUCAAUAUACCAGCAUCAUCGACCACAUGUAUUGUUGCACCUUCAGGAUGUGGGAAGUCUACCGUGGCAUCAUUGUUAUUAAGGUCAUAUAAUAUUAAUAGUGGUGAGAUCCUUAUCGGAGGCAGAAAUAUUAAUAACUUUCAAGUUCGUGACUUGAGAAGGUCGAUUAUUGGAAUUGUCCAACAAGAACCAGUAUUGUUAUCAGGAACUAUCUUAGAGAAUAUUGUAUACGGAUUAACGCCGUCUCAAAUAAGUCAGAUGACAAUGGAAGAUGUUAAAUUUGCUGCCAGACAGGCUAAUUGCCAUGACUUCAUUAUGUCUCUUCCAGAUGGAUAUGAAACUAUAAUUGGUUCUCGUGGUGCAUCCUUAUCAGGGGGUCAAAAGCAGCGGGUGGCUAUUGCUAGAGCAUUGAUUAAGAAACCAUCAAUUUUGAUUUUAGAUGAAGCGACAUCGGCUUUGGAUUCUAGACUGGAAAGUCUUAUUAAUGAAACUUUAAAAGAAUUAACAUCUCAGGGUAAAAUGACUAUCAUAUCAAUUGCCCAUAGAUUAUCUACUAUUUCAAAAUCUGAGAAUAUCAUUGUUUUGGGCAAACAUGGAAAGGUGGUUGAACAAGGCAGAUUUGUCGAAUUGUACAGUGAUCCAAACUCUGAAUUAUCUAAGUUGUUAGAUAACUCAGGCCUCGAAGGAUCCGAAGAAACUCCAAAGCAGACCGAAGCCGAAGAAACGGAAAGAAUAGCUGAAGAGAAUAAGGCAAAUGAACUUGAAAUAAUCAGAUCCAUGAUUGAUGAUUUACCAGUUGAGAUGCGUGCUCAACUUGCAGAUCAAAUAUCCAAAGAAAUAAACGAAGAUACGAAUGCUGCCAUCUCAGAAUCAAAGAUCUCGUCCGACAACAUUGUUUCAUAG